UUAGGUAGGCACCUGGAAGUUACCCUAUGCAUUACCCAAAAAAAGUAUAUCUCUAGCCAUACAUACAUACAUAAGACGAGACAAGAGCAGCCUUCAUAUUUUUUUAAGGAGACAACCUUUGUACGGAGCGACCACGAAGUUACCUUGCAUUACCUUAAAAUCUCUCUCUCUCUCAUUAUACAUAAGACGAGACGUGCGCAGCCUUCACCUUUUCGGGGCAUAUAAAGCGUAAGCAAGCGCAGCUUCAAAUCUCGCGCCGCACUCGCUCGCUCGCUACCUACGACCCAGCUCCUCGAACAAGAACACCCAUUUUGAUCCUCCCUCGCCCCCACCUUCAUCCAGUCUCCAAUGGGUUCCGCUUCGGUUUGACCAUACAGAUCCUCUUCGGGUCCUCGCAUUCGUCGUGCUACUGGGUGUCGCGGGAGAUUGGAGGAAUCCCGAACCAUGAGGGCGAGGUUGGUCGUGUUCCCGGUCAGAGGCAGGAGCUGGUGCUUCGGCCGGUCGCUCGAUCGCUCUUGUCUCGACUCCGCCUCCUCGCCGACGCCGUCCACCCUCAGGGAGCUCUACGGCAAGAUGUCCGCCGGCGGGAACGCCUCCAAGCUCGAGCUGUGCGUCGAUUUCGUCUCCGACAAGAUGAAUAGAGCUUGGAUGGGUUUGGAGAACGCGCCCGAGGGGUCUUUCAAGAGUAAAAUGCACGGGUUAGGAUUGAAGCUGUUGGCCCGGGUAAAGCCCUCGGAAAUGUUCCUCAAAUCCAUUUCGAAGGAGGUUUCUUCUGUCGAGGUGAUCUACCCUUCAAGCUUAAACACGCGUCUUGUGCGCAGAAGGUUGCGACAUAUCGCCAAGCGGGGAUCCAUUAUCCACAGAAAGUACUUCUAUGGCUCUGCUUCUUUGUUGCCUAUAACAACUGCUUUUUCUGUCUUACCUCUACCUAACAUCCCUUUCUUUUGGGUUCUGUUUCGCACUUACUCUCAUUGGCGAGCUCUCCAGGGCAGUGAGAAACUCCUAGAGCUAGUGUCAAAUUCCUCGGUUGCUUGGACUUCGCCUUCCACAAGUGCCAGUGGUAAAGACCAGGAGGGCUGUGAGUCCAAGGAUGGAGCCCCCAAUCCAGUAGGAUCUCUAUGGGUGUUGCUGCCAUCGGAGCAACUGGAAGAAUUAACGAGCUGUGGCAAAGAGCAGGAUGCCCUGACCAAAUCCGUGAUUACAAGCAUCUGCGAAACUUAUAAGUUGAACACGAACGAUGUUUUGAAGUACAGAGACUCAAUGUAAACCCAUUCCUUUUUCACUUUUGAACCUGGUCUCCCUGAAUGGAGAAAAAGGGGAAAAAGAAAAAGCAUUCUCAGUGUUCAAAUGUUGUUCUGCUAGGCUGCUAGAUUAGCACUGUA